AUGCGGACGACGCAACAGCUAUUGCGCAAGAGCCUGUGGACGCGUAGCUUCGACGAAUUGAAGCGUCGGUCUAGCAUAGCAUGGAAUCUCGAAGCCGUCAAGGGACCCAAAGGGCCACGCCCUCUCUACGAAUUCAACGACGACGAAUCAAUACGCGACUGCAUCCUAAUGUCCGACGAUCUCAUCGGCGGCUCCUCCAAGUCACAACUCGAUUACACAGUCUCUUCCCCGACGACGCUCUCCUCUCCCGCGACCUCAUCACCACCUCCAUCAUACGCACGCUUCCACGGCUCCAUAUCCACCGCCCUGCCUAGCGACCGGUUCAAGAUCAAGCGCACAGGGUACGCCGCCUUCCGGACACCCACCCAGGCGCCGACUCUCUUUGGCAAGUCCAUCUGGGACAUCGACCCCUACACCUACCUCGCGCUGCGCAUCAAGUCCGACGGCCGCGCCUACUUUGUCAACGUGCAGACCGAGGGCGUCGAGCCCACCGACCUGCACCAGCAUCGUCUCUUCGCGAAGCGGCCAGGACAGUGGGAAACGGUCCUGAUCAAGUGGAAUGACUUUGUGCGCACAAACUACGGCUUCGUCGUAGAGCCACAGACGGAGAUCUUGCGGCAACGCGUGGCGACGGUUGGCGUGGGACUGACGGACCGCGUUGAGGGACCAUUUGAACUCUGCAUCGAACGGGUCUGGGCGACAAACGACCCCCCGGACGUCGACGUGCCCGAGCUAGAGCAGCAGGGAGGGCUCAAGACGAAAAAAGGCAAAAAUAUAAAGUGGUAG